ACCUCUAGAUAAAGUAAAGAAGAAGAAAGUAAAGAAGGAGAAAGAGAAAGAAAGGAGCAAGAAAAUAACACAUCAAGUCGCGCCGUCGAAAAAAUCCGAAAAAUUAAAUCACGGGAGCAUAAUAAAUAAAUAGUUUGGGGCACAAGCAAUUGGGGUACCAAAACACUUUUCUCGCCGUUCGGGCGUGUUUUCGCUGCGCCUCGCUAAAACUACAAAAGGCCGAAUUCGAACUUAAGCUAAAGUUGAUAUUCGAAAAAACCUUAAAAAUCGGCGAUUGCCUUAUCCAACCUGUGCCCGAUGGACUUGGCGCCGUGCGCAUAAUACCUUUUAUUUAAGAUAACGCUUAUCAGUGAAUUCUCGACUGCAGUUGCAUAACUCAUUGCCAAAAAAAAGUAGGGGACAAAUCACAACACCAAAGUUCUCUUUGGGAAACUAAAAAAAUUCAAAGAACAAAAAAAAGUGGAAAGGAUAAGGGUUAAGAGGAGAGUGUCGUUAGCGGGCUAAGAGCCCCUCCUCCUGGGGCCGCCAUUCCCCCUCUUCCCCACGUGCCUUAAAAUAAAUACAUAACUCGUGUUUGCUUUUCAACGAAAAUCUAAUAAAAUAAAAUCAAGUGCGCGUUAAUUGCAACCAAGUUAUUUGAUUAAAUCUAACAAAUAGUAAUAAGAGUGGAAUUACGAUAAACAGUUAACAUGGCCCAAAACACAGCAGACACUUUCAUCCAUUUAAUUGCCGGCGGGUCGGCUGGCACAGUUGGCGCCGUGGUCACAUGUCCCCUGGAGGUGGUGAAGACGCGUCUGCAGAGCUCCACGGCUUUUAUGACGCCAUCGCGUCUGGCGGAGAAUGCCGGUGGACCGGCGAACGGUGGCCAAUCGGAGCUUUUGCGGCCGGAACAACGACGUAAGCUAAGCACAACGAUAUUACGUAACAGAUCACAGCCACAGGUGAUUGGGGGUGUGCGUAGGAUCAUGGCCAUUUCACAUUGCGGCAUCUCAUCCACAACCCCCAAAUCCAUGAGCAUCAUGCAGUGCCUGCGACAUAUUGUUCAGAACGAGGGUCCCCGCGCUCUGUUCAAAGGGCUAGGUCCGAAUCUCGUGGGCGUGGCCCCGUCCCGUGCCAUUUACUUCUGCACCUACUCACAAACCAAGAACACGCUCAACAGUUUGGGCUUUGUUGAACGUGACUCGCCAUUGGUGCACAUAAUGAGUGCGGCAAGUGCUGGCUUCGUCUCCUCCACGGCCACGAAUCCCAUUUGGUUUGUGAAGACGCGGAUGCAGCUGGACUACAACUCCAAGGUGCAGAUGACCGUGAGGCAGUGCAUCGAGAGGGUCUAUGCCCAAGGCGGCGUCGCUGCCUUCUACAAGGGCAUCACGGCCAGCUAUUUUGGCAUCUGCGAGACCAUGGUUCACUUUGUCAUCUACGAGUUUAUCAAGUCUAAAUUGUUGGAGCAGCGAAAUCAGCGACACACGGACACAAAGGGCUCUCGGGACUUCUUGGAGUUUAUGAUGGCGGGGGCUGUUUCCAAAACAAUUGCCUCCUGCAUCGCCUAUCCCCACGAAGUGGCUCGAACUCGUCUGCGGGAGGAGGGCAACAAGUACAACUCCUUCUGGCAGACUUUGCACACGGUUUGGAAGGAGGAGGGCAGAGCGGGACUCUAUAGGGGCUUGGCCACGCAGCUGGUGCGACAGAUUCCCAACACGGCGAUCAUGAUGGCCACCUACGAGGCGGUCGUCUAUGUCCUCACCCGGCGAUUCAACAACAAGUCCAACGAGUUCUAUGACUUCUAGAGAGCCAUCCUGUCCAGAGAAUCCUAGUUAACAAACGAAAAGGAGGAGGAGGAGGAACCCAAUCUGUGCAUAUGUAGACGCGACUGCUGCAACCUAAUUGUAAUACUGUACCCUUUUUAGACGAUCCAAACCAACGAGCGCAAAUUCUUUAGUUAACUAGCUUCUAAGUCACACCAAAACUGAAAAAUGGAAACGAACUCGAUAGACUAAAGACGUAAGACGUUGAACGUUGGCCAAUAAUGCAAACAAAAAAAAAAAAAAAAAAAAAACACGCACCAAGGAUCGCAAUGCACCAUCCAAAACUGAAAAACCCACUUUGCUAAAUGCUUUAGAAGGAGUUUCGAUGUUUAGAAGGCCAAACAACGACUUGGGUUCGAUGUAUUCGCAUAAAAACAAAAAUAACAGAAAAAAAAUCGUUAUCAAAAUUUGAAAAGGCUGCUAUUUAGUUAAAAAUACACUAUAUAUAUAUUGAAUGUAUAAAUGUGGUUGAUAUUUUGAUAUAGUGUGUAAAUAGGAUUUGAGUCGCUCAGAGUGUAUUUGUAAAUAGAUGAAGUGAGUCGACUGGCGUUGCAAUAUGGCUCUCCUAGUUUUGUUAGUUUUAAGCACGAAAAAAUGUUGAAUGCCGCUAUAUAAAUACAUAUAGAAACGACCGAUCCGAUACGUAAUUGUAAUCGUAAUUUGUAAUCGUUUCCGUUUCCGUUAAGUUUCCUCAAAUGCGAUAUACAUUUUAGUUACCAAUAACUCUACCAUUAUAAUUAUGAAUAUUAUUAUUAUUAUUACUAUUAUUAUUGCUGUUUAUUUAGUCCAUUAGCUAGCUAGUUAGUGAGCUCCACCGAGAGCCGUAGUGUGCCCCCUCCCAAAAACACGUAUUUCAUUGAUAACGAGCAAAGAACGAAGAAAACUACUGUGAAUAAUAAUUGAUUGCAAUCUGAUUUGGUGGUGAAAUCAAUAAAUACAACACUUUUGUUUAAAAAUA